UAUUAUUAUUGUUAAAAAAUGGAAAAAAAAAAUCUAAAAAUCUUUGGGUCGGAAAUUGAAAUGAAAUUAUUUACUUUUAUUAAUAAAAAUACCCAAUAAGAACAAUAUCGGGUUAUCUGAAAUCGGAUACGUGAAAAUCUACGUUUAUUAGCAUACGUCAAUGUUUCAAAUGACAGCUCUUUGACUAUUAAGCGCUUUGUUAAAAAAAUCUCCACCAAGCACCAAGUUAACCGGUCUUUGUUGUCCAAUAUUUGCAUUUUGAAUAAAAAUUAGAUAUUUUAAUCAAUAUAUUAUAGAAAAAUAAGGUUUCGUUUUAAGAACAUUCUAUAUAUUAUUGCCAGUAGGGUUAAUAUAGUGGUUGAUUUUAACAAUUCUCUACAAUGCCACCCGUUGAUAAAACACCACAUAUUGACAUGGGCAAUUUUAAGUUGUGUUACUUGUUGAAGGCUUUUAAUAGAAUACCAGUAUCGGAAUAUGUGUCCGAAGCCACCGGUCUUACUGUCUGUAUUGCUGAAGUCGACGGGCCUGUUGUCAAUGGUUAUUUCUGUCUAGCAACCGAGGCCUUUGACGAUGACGGUCUACCUCACACCUUGGAGCACCUCAUAUUCUUGGGCAGUGAAAAUUACCCUUACAAAGGUGUUCUCGACUUGUUGGCUAACAGAUGUCUGGCUUCCGGUACUAAUGCUUGGACCGACAUAGACCAUACAUGCUAUACAAUGGAAACGGCCGGUUCGGAAGGGUUUUGCUCUUUGAUGCCCAUUUUUCUGGAGCAUAUUUUAUAUCCGGUGUUGAGUGAUGAAGGUUUCGUGACGGAGGUUCACCAUAUAACGGGCGAGGGCGAGGAUGCCGGUAUCGUUUAUUGCGAAAUGCAGGGCAGGGAAAAUUCGGCCGAAUCCAGAAUGCACUUGGCCAUGGCCAGGAAUAUAUAUCCGGGUCGUUGCGGUUACUCUUCUGAAACGGGAGGGAUUAUGAAGAAUUUGAGGGAGUCGACUAGUAACGAAAAAGUCAGAGCGUACCACAAGGAGUUUUAUAGACCUGAAAACUUGAAAAUUAUCGUCACCGGUCAGAUCACCCCGGCAGAGGUGUUUAAGGCUCUCGCUCCUUUAGAGAGAAAUAUAUUAAGCAAGGGCGAACGUGGACCUUUCCAACGUCCUUGGCAAUCGCCAGUACCGCCAUUAGACUCUAGUAAAGACCUGGUAAUUAAAUAUCCAUCUGACGAGGAAGAUAAUGGCUUAUAUUCAAUGGGGUGGCGAGGACCCUCCUGCGUUACCGAUCUUUAUAAAAUGACCGCUUGCUCCCUUUUGUUAAAGUAUUUUACUGAGAAUUCAGUGUCUCCUUUACCGAAGGUGUUUGUGGAAACCGACGAUCCGUUUGCUAGUAAUGUUUCCUAUAAUUUAUACGAAAAUUCCGAAUCCUGUCUUCAUUUAAUAUUCGAGGAUGUACCGGUGCCUAAAAUAAAUGCUGUAAAAGAAAAAUUACUGCAAGAACUAUCGAGGAUUUUAAAGGAGGAAGACAUCGAUAUGACCAGAUUGAGGAGCAUAAUCAAGAAAUACAAAUUGGAGAAUAUUAGUAACAUAGAGAAUAGCCCUCAUCAGAGUAUCGCGUUUAUGAUUAUCGGGCAUAUGUUGUAUGGGAAUAGUAAAAAGGAUCUGGAACAACGAGUAAAUCCGUUAGAAGACUUAACGAAACUCGCGGUGGAACCGAAACACUUCUGGCUCGAAAUCCUCGAUAAAUAUUUCGUUAGUAAUAAGUACGUUUCGGUUGAAUGUUACCCCAGUAAGGAGGAGCAACAGAAAAUGGCUAAAGAAGAGAAAGAGCGGGUGGAAAAGCAACGAUUGACAUUAGGAGAGGCCGGUUUAAAAGAGAAAAAGGAAAUUCUGGAAAAAGCAAUUGAACACAACGAUAAAGAACCUCCGGCGGAAAUGUUAACUUCUGUGCCCAUUCCGAGCAUUAAGUCGAUCAAAUUUCAUAAUAUUGUGAGAUACUCGAGUGGCGAGAAGGUGAACGCGCAAGUUGAUUUAUCUAAAACGCCUGUUUUUACUUAUUUUGAUGAUUUAAAGACCAGUUUUGUACACAUAUACGCUCUUCUGGAUACUUCAGACGUGCCAGAAGAUUUAAGGAUUUAUUUGCCGCUCCUUUUGGAGUCCAUACUGGAAUUACCGAUUGAAAAGGAUGGUAAACUUACUCCUUAUGAGGAAGUUGUGGCUCAGUUAAACGAUGAUACCGUGUCCACUGGUACUUCAUUAGGUAUCGGAGCUUGUGGGAUGUUCAGUUGCGGCAGUUACUCCCAAACAGCAAUCCUGGCCAUACAAGUAGAGUGCAUAAAAUACCUAAAAGGGUUAAACUGGAUUAAAGAAUUACUCUAUCAAACGAAAUUCACCCCUGAAAGGGUCAAAGUUAUUUCGAUGAAAAUGAGUAACGCCGUUGCCCAAGCUAAAAGAAGCGGACGCAAUGUCGCCUCUUAUACGAUGAAGAACUUGUGGUAUCCUAAAGGUACAAAUGUACACGCGAGCGGCAUAUUAGUCCAAAGUAAGUUUCUUUCUGAUGUAAUUAAGAAACUGAACGGACCAGAAGCGGGCGAAGUGAUCGAAAAUCUGGAGAACCUAAGGAGAACUUUAACGAACAUUUCAAAGUUGAAACUUUACAUCGCAGGUUGUCUGGAUAAUUUGGAGCAGGCGGUGGCCGGUUUGAAUAACUUCCUGGAUUUGGCACAAGUUAAUCCGUCUAACCAAACACAUACUCCGGUGCAACCGACCCCAGAUUAUCGACUUAUUUGCAAUCCGGACUGCGCACCGUCUACCGGUUGCAUAAUCGGACUCGGAUGCAUCGAAUCCUCUUUUUACUAUCAGACCGCCAAAUCGAUUACCCGCUUUCAAGACGACGAUCUGCCGGCUUUAAUGUUGUACGUGAAUUAUUUGGUACAAGCCGAGGGUCCAAUGUGGAAACAAAUCCGUGGCAAAGGGUUCGCCUACACUUACCGCAUGCUUGUCAAAGUAUCCGAAGGAUUAAUUUAUUUGAUCUUCGGCCGUGCCACGAACGUAAUCGGUGCCUACCAGGAAUCCAAAGAAAUCAUUGAUAAACAAUUAAAGAACAAAGAAUGGGACAACACGCUGUUAGAAUCGGCCAGGAGCUCCUUAAUCUUCACGAUUAUCGAGGAAGAAAAGACGGUUGGUAGUGUGGUCGAACUGUCUCUUCGAUCCUAUUUCCAGGGAGUCGAAUAUACUUAUAAUAGAAAAAUCCUGGAAUCUCUUAACAAAGUAACCGUGGAUGACUUGAAUAGAGUGGGAGAAAAAUAUAUCGCUCCUUUAUUCGAUCCCAGUAAAGCUAAGGCGGCUCUAGUGAUCGACCCAUCGAAAAUGACCGAUGCCUGUGAAGGAUUUAAGAAAUUUGGCCUGGACUUGACAACUUACCCCUCGCUGGAAGAAAGUUACUUAAACAAAGUCUAAUGGAUCAUUAUAUUUAAGUAAGACUUUUUGUCUUUGGUUAAAUCAAUUAUGCAAUUUCGUACUCACUUUUGAAUAUUCUUAUAAAGUUUUAAUUAAUUUGUUAUGUAGCUUUAUUAAUAAAUAAUUUGUUGAAAUAUAAAA